AUGCCCGGCGCGCAGGAGGGCGAGUGGUGGUUGAAGGAAGGCGUCACGCUUAUUGCCGCGUGUAAGGAUCGCGCGAGUACGCUCGCCAAGGCCGUCAAGAGCUGGACCGCCGUUAGGGGAGUGCAUGAGGUCCUGUUGGUCGAUUGGAGCUCGGAUCCCCCGAUUUCUUACUUUACCAGCAAGGAGCUCCUGGAUGGCGAGCGCUUUACCUUGGUCAGGGUUGUGGGGCAAACAGACUGGGUCCUGUCGAGGGCCUACAACUUGGCGGCGAGGCUCGCGUCGUAUUCCAAGCUGAUCAAGGUGGAUUGCGAUACCUUUUUGCGACCCGACUUUAUCGAGGCCCAUCCGUUGAAGAGGGACUCGUUUUACGCCGGCGAUUGGAAGCAGCUAGACAACAACACCCCCACUGAUGAUGCCCUGCAUGUCAACGGCUUGUUGUACGUCCAUCGCGACGACUUUCUGGCUGUCGGCGGGUAUGACGAGAGGAUCACCACGUACGGCUGGGACGACUCGGACCUUGCGCAGCGUCUCGCCUCCAUCCGCAACUUUACCCGCUUCGACUAUAACAAGGUGGAGCACAUUGCCCACUCGGCCUCCCUGCGCGUUGUCAACCAGCGCACCACCAGCCUGCUGCCGCCGGAGAACCCGCACGCGGCCGCAGUCGAGAUCCAGCGCAACCGCCUGCUGCUCACCCGCUUCCAUAUCCCCGUGUGGAGUGCCCACUCACUCCACACACUUUGGAACGUCCAGCCGGUCUUCUCGCACAAGAACAGCGCCUACUUUCAGGGUACCAAGGGCCCCGGCCGCGUCUUCGAGGUCACGGCGGCCAACGACGUCACCGCCGUGUCGUCGCUCGUGUCCGACGCCGACGCGCUCGACGUGGCCAAGCGCGCCGUCCGCCUCAUCCUGCACCGCUACGGCGUGCAGUUUUUGCCAAAGUCGCUCACCCUCGAUUUUUACAAGGAACUCAUCACAAAGGUAGCUUUUCCGGAACACUACGCAGAGGUGGUGCUCACGUUUCGAGGAGGGUGCGCGUCCCGGCUGCUCGCGUACGCCACCAGUAACCAGGCCGCCACGGGCGCGCGCUUGACGCAGGCGUCCGCGGAGAUUGCAGACAGCUCCUACGUCUGGCCGCCGUUGCCGUAUCGCGGCUGGCGGUUGCAAGGCUUGUGGCGCUUCCCGGACGCCGAGUGCUCAUGCAAGUUCUCCUCCGUUUUCGACGCGAGGGAAGAAGAGAUCAUCUCUACGUGGUCCGACAAGGCAAACCCGGUGCAACCGUCCGUCUCCAUUACCGAUCGGCAGCCCAGUGUCAACGUCACCGCGAUCCUAAAGGGCUUUGAUGAGAGCGCGACGGAGAAGGCCAUUUCUCAGGACUUGCUCAGAUGGACGAAAAAGUCGUCGAGGCAUGGUAAGCAUGACCAGCCCCGCAUCCUAAUGGAUGAUCUGGCUUGCGAUGUGGAUCCGGCACACGUCCCCGAGCAUCGCCGCCAAUUAAUGCAGGCACAAUUUCGCCAACUCGCCCCGACAAAGGACAUCCAAGAAACCGUAUCAACCUCCCUGCGCAAUCCAGUCCCCACCAUUCUGGAUACCCCGCUUUUGGCGAAAGAAAACUGGUCCGUUCUUGUCGGCCACAAGUAUGCGACGACGGUCCGCGACAUGUUUACAAAACCUAGCCUACAACGCAUGGCAGCAGCCUGGGGGGCAACCGCGUUGCCAGCAGGGGAACCCGUACACCGACUCGAUGACAGGGCAGCUGCCUUAACGAUUGCUGUUUACGUUGCCCAACAUGGAGUCUCCAGCCCCAGUCAUCUAACUCCCUUCCAAUCCCAACAAUUGAACCAAACUGUAACAACUCUUUCAAGGCGCAUCGAGCGCUUAUUUAUCGGCUGCCUCGCGCAGUCAUCCACCUAUUUGGAGGCGUAUCCGGAACUGUCUUUGAUAUUGGCUGGGUUCCUCUCCUGCGGGACUUGUGUUUAA